UAAAUACCUCGUCCUGUUCAUCACUCCCAACAUUUUACUCUCUCUCUCUCUCUCUCUCUCUCUCUUUGUCUCUCUCUACGAUUCCUCGAGGUCCUCUAAUGGUGGAAACCUAACCCUAUGAGAACCCUAGCGACUGUUAGAAGGGAUCGAAGAGAGACACUACACCAUUCUAUGGAUUCCCUUCUAUUUCUACUGCUUUUGUUUUUGGGGGUCGGAUUGAGCAGAGGUGGGGAUUUGGAGAUGUUGAUCUCGUUCAGGAGCUCGCUCCCAAACCCUGGCGUGCUCCAGAGUUGGAACCCUAGCGAGGGGGCGUGCUCCUUCUCCGGCGUCAGCUGCAAGGGCGGACGCGUGGCGUCCAUCACGCUCUACGGCGUCCUCCUCGGCGCCGACCUCGGCGCCGUCGCCGACCACCUCAUGGCGAUCCCCACCCUCGAGAUCCUCGCCCUCCGUGGCGCCAAUCUCACCGGAACCCUAACCGCCGCCGGCGUUGUCCCGGCCCCGAGGUGCGGCGCGCGGCUCUCGGAGCUCGACCUCUCAGGCAACUCCCUGGGCGGCUCCGUCGCCGGCGCCGCCGCGCUCGCCGCAGCGUGCCCCGGCCUCCGCGCCCUCAACCUCUCCGGGAACUCCCUCGGUCUCGACCCCGCCGCGAAGGAGACCCCCGGCAACGCGGGUUUCGCCCUCGACGCGCUCGACCUCUCCUACAACAAGAUCGCCGGCGACGGCGACCUCCGGUGGCUCCUCUCCGGCCUCGGCCGUCUUCGGCGGCUGGAACUCGCCGGAAACCGCAUCUCCGGCGGGAUCCCGGCGAUCGCCAACUGCUCCUCGCUCCAGUACCUGGAUCUCUCCUCGAACGACCUCGCCGGCGAGGUCGCUGCCGGGGUCCUCGGCGGGUGCCGGAGCCUCGCCGUGUUGAACCUCUCCGACAACCACUUCGCCGGUAAACUGCCCCCCGACCUCUCCUCUUGCUACUCACUCACCGCACUAAUCCUCUCCAACAACAACUUCUCCGGGGAGUUCCCCGUUCAAACCCUAACCUCCAUGUCCAACCUCAAAACCCUCGAUCUCGGCUUCAACAGCUUCAAUGGAACCCUCCCAGACCCGAUCUCCAGGCUCUCCACACUCGAGCUUCUUGACCUCAGCUCGAAUAGCUUCUCCGGAUCGAUCCCUUCGUCUCUUUGUCCUAGUCCUCUGUUUAGCUUAAAAGAGCUUUACCUGCAGAACAAUCUCUUCAGCGGUAGCAUUCCCAACUCCAUCAGCAACUGCUCCAAUUUGGUUUCCCUUGAUCUCAGCCUCAAUUAUCUUUCCGGACCGAUUCCCCGCUCUCUCGGAGCCCUCGCUUCGCUCAAAGAUCUGAUCAUGUGGCAGAACCUACUCGAUGGCACCAUCCCUGCAGAGCUCUCCAGCAUACGAACCCUAGAGAACCUCAUUCUCGAUUAUAAUGGCCUCGCCGGGAACAUCCCGCCGGGUCUCAGCAAUUGUUCGAGUUUGAACUGGAUCUCAUUGGCGAGCAACCGGUUGAGCGGUCCGAUCCCUUCGUGGAUCGGAAGGCUCGGCAAUCUUGCAAUCCUCAAGCUCGGGAACAACUCCUUUUCCGGCCCGAUCCCGCCGGAGCUCGGGGACUGCAAGAGUUUGGUUUGGCUCGACCUGAACAAUAACCAGCUCAACGGCUCGAUCCCCCCGACCCUCGCCAAGCAAUCAGGCAACAUCGCCGUCGGAUUGGUCACAGGAAAGAGGUAUGUGUACUUAAGGAACGACGAGAGUAGCCGAUGUCACGGCACCGGUAGUCUUUUGGAAUUCGGGGGUAUACGGCCGGAGGAUCUGAACCGAUUGCCGAGCAAGAAGCUCUGCAACUUCACUAGGGUUUACAUCGGGAGCACUCAAUACACCUUCAACAACAAUGGGUCCAUGAUCUUUCUUGACCUCUCCUACAAUCAGCUACAGGGUGAUAUUCCAAAAGAGCUCGGCAACAUGUACUACCUCAUGAUCCUCAAUCUCGGCCACAAUUUGCUCUCGGGUCUCAUCCCCCUCGAUUUGGGGAAUUUGCAUCACGUAGCGGUGCUCGAUCUCUCCCACAAUGCCCUCGAGGGUCCCAUUCCGCCGUCCUUCUCCGCGCUCUCCUUAUCCGAGAUCGAUCUUUCAAAUAACGAGCUGAACGGGUCAAUUCCAGAGUUGGGUUCUUUGGCAACGUUUCCUAGAUAUCGGUACGAGAACAAUUCGGGCCUUUGCGGGUUCCCUCUCCCUCCAUGCGGAGGAAACUCGGGGCCUAAUGCAAGCAACGAACAUCAAACGUCUCAUCGUCGGGCUUCUCUAGCAGGGAGCGUGGCGAUGGGGCUUCUCUUCUCUCUCUUCUGCAUUUUCGGCUUAAUCAUAAUCGCUGUAGAAACAAGGAGGAGGCAGAAAAAGGAUAACAGCAACAAUUCCCGGGAUGUCUAUAUCGACAGCCGAUCUCAAUCCGGAACUGCCAAUUCCAACUGGAAGCUCUCCGGCACGAAUGCAUUGAACAUAAACCUCGCCACAUUCGAAAAGCCACUUCAGAAACUCACUUUUGCAGACCUUCUCGAAGCCACCAAUGGAUUCCACGACGACAGCCUCAUCGGUUCAGGCGGUUUUGGUGACGUUUACAAGGCCCAGCUCAAAGACGGGAGCGUUGUCGCCAUUAAGAAACUGAUCCAUGUAAGCGGUCAAGGGGACCGCGAAUUCACAGCCGAAAUGGAAACCAUCGGAAAGAUCAAGCACCGGAAUUUAGUCCCCUUACUAGGCUACUGCAAAGUCGGCGAGGAGCGGCUAUUAGUCUACGAGUACAUGAAGUACGGGAGCUUAGAGGACGUUCUACACGACCGCAAGAAGUCGGGGAUUAAACUAAGCUGGGCGAUGAGGAGGAAGAUCGCGGUGGGGGCUGCCAGAGGCUUAGCGUUCCUCCACCACAACUGCAUCCCCCAUAUCAUCCACCGUGACAUGAAAUCGAGCAAUGUGCUUCUUGAUGAGAAUUUGGAAGCUAGGGUCUCUGAUUUCGGAAUGGCACGGCUGAUGAGCGUGAUGGACACGCACUUGAGCGUGUCCACUCUCGCCGGCACGCCAGGAUACGUCCCGCCGGAGUACUACCAGAGCUUCCGGUGUACCACCAAAGGCGAUGUGUACAGCUUUGGUGUCGUGCUGCUCGAGCUGCUCACGGGGCGGCAGCCGACGGACUCGUCCGAUUUCGGGGAUAACAAUCUGGUCGGGUGGGUGAAGCAGAAAGCAAAGAUCAGGGUCAGCGAAGUGUUCGAUCCAGAACUAUUGAGGGAGGAUCCAAGCCUCGAGCUCGAGUUGUUGGAGCAUUUAAAGAUCGCGUGCGCGUGUUUGGACGAUCGGCCGCUGAGGCGGCCGACGAUGCUGAAGGUAAUGGCGAUGUUUAAGGAAAUUCAGGCGGGGUCUACGGUGGACUCCGCAAGCUCGGCCCCCGCGGCCUCGAUGGAGGGGAGCUUCGGUGUGGAGAUGAGCCUCAAGGAAGGGAAAGAGGAGAAGGAUUAACUUGCUCCUCAAACUUCAACUAAUUACCAUUUGUGAAAUGGUAUGAGAAAUUUUUUCCCCCCUGUAGCUUGAUCAGUCAUUGUAUUAUGUAUGGAUAGAUAGUGUUCCCUUUUGGUCUUCCUCUUUUUUCCGCUAUGUUUAGUGAGAGUAGUAUAUCCUGUACAUAUUAUAUAUAUAAUAUAUAAUGAUUUUUCUCCAGUUCCAAA